CCUACAGUCUCAUCACAUCUCACCUGACAACAUGACAUUCAAGGCAUUUGUAUUGGCCGCCGUUGUGGUCGCCGCCAUCGCCCUUCCUGACAGUCAACCUACAUAUGGAUACCCUGCCCCUACUCCCGCUUAUGCACCUGCCAAGUACGACUUCAACUACGCCGUAAACGAUCCACCAUCUGGUAACGACUUCGGACAUCAGGAAGCCCGUGACGGCGACAAUACACAGGGAUCCUACUAUGUCCUGCUUCCUGACGGUCGUCUGCAGAGGGUCACCUACACCGUUAACGGAGACUCCGGCUACGUAGCUGAUGUCACCUACGAGGGAGAGCCUCAGUAUCCCACCCCACAGACCUCCUAUGGGCCCCCUCAACCUUCCUACAAACCACCCACUCCUUCCUACGCUUAAGGCGGAGAGGCAAAGAUAUUUAUUGAUCUCGGAUCUUCAUGAAUAUAAAAUAUACAGUAGAAUUCGCCCAAUGUAGCAUGCUUCCAUGAAUUUUAUUUUAAUUAAUAAAUAUUUUUACCUCUGUUAAA